GUUGACAUGCUGGCCCUCAACCUUGCCUUUUACCUCACCGUGGUCGAGAAUAGAAAGGGCUAUUUGGCCUCGAACGUGCUGCUGCUCUUCUGGUUGCUCUGCAUCAUUGUUACGGGUAUCAAGUUCCGCACACUAGUCUCGGACUGUCCUGGCGGUGGAUCCUUCGCCACUGGAAUCAGAGGACGGCUGGCUGAGGAAGGUAUUGUGGGCGCUAGAUUGGCCCUGCUUUUUGCAGUAUUCGCACUCGAGUGUGCCAAGAAAGAUUCGCAGAUUCGACUUAGAGAGGAUAGUCAUGAAAAAUGCCCAGAGGAAGAGGCAAACGUAUUCUCGAUUAUUUCCUUCAACUGGGUGACCGGUCUGAUGCGUAAGGGAUAUGCCAAACCUUUAACUAUGGAUGAUCUCUGGCAACUCAGAACCGACGACCGAUCUAGCAACGUCUCUGCUUCUUUCGCAGAGGCCUGGGAUAGUGAGCUUAGGAAGGAAAAUUCAAGUCUCUCGAAAGCGCUUGCAAAAGCGUUCGGAAAGCAGUUCUACAUAGCUGGCAUCUGGAAACUCAUCAACGAUACUCUCGGAUUCAUGCAGCCAUUACUUCUGCGGAGAAUGUUGCUGUUUGUCAUGAGUUACGACACACCUGAGCCUCAACCGUUGUAUCGUGGCUAUACACUAGCGUGCCUGAUGUUUGUUUGCAGUUUGCUUCAGACAACCGUCGUGCAACAGUAUUUCCAUCUGUGCUUCAGGACCGGGAUGAACAUCCGUGCUGCAUUGGUGACGGCAAUCUAUCAAAAGUCCCUCCGUCUCUCAAACUCGUCUCGACAAGACUCUACAGUCGGUGAGAUAGUAAACCAUAUGUCAAUUGACGCCCAGCGCAUUCAAGACCUGGUCAGCAAUCUCCAUAGCCUCUGGUCCGGUGUCUUUCAAAUCGCAGUGACUCUCUAUCUCCUUCACGCGACUAUGGGCUGGGCCAUUUUUGUGGGACUUGGUGUGAUGAUCUUGAUCAUUCCGCUCAACGCGCAGCUAUCCUUGGUCAUGCAGACCUACCAGAAAAAACACAUGGAGUACAAGGAUUCGCGUAUUAAGCUAAUGAACGAGCUAUUGAAUGGCAUUCGUGUGGUCAAGCUGUACGCCUGGGAGAAUACCCUUUUGCAAAAGAUUCUCACGGUCCGCAACGAAUUCGAGCUCAAGAUGAUGAAAAAGAUGGGAUAUAUCUCUUCUGUGCAGAUGUUUACGUGGGCCUCGACGCCGUUCUUGGUCAGCUUGACCAACUUUUCGGUAUAUACGCUGAUCAUGAAGAAGACGUUGACGACCGACGUAUUGUUUGCUGCGAUUGCACUGUUCAACCUGCUGCAGUUCCCUCUGUCGAUGCUACCAUGGGUCAUCGGAUCCUGCAUCGAGGCUCGUGUUUCCAUCGAUCGAGUAUACAAGUUUUUGACGAGUGCCGAGGUCGAUCCUAAUGCUGUCAUCACGGAAAGUCGAACUCCCGUGUCAGCUACCUCGGACGCCACGGACAAGUACGCUCUGCUGGUUACCGACGCAUCCUACAGCUGGUACAAGCAUUCUUCGCCUGUCAUUUCGGACAUCAACCUCGCCUUGAAAAAAAGUUGCCUGCUCAGCGUCAUUGGCCGUGUCGGAUCAGGAAAGAGCUCCUUAAUGGCCGCAUUGUGCGGGGACUUGGAACGCACUUCAGGGGAAGUCCGUAUCCGUGGCUCGGUUGCAUUUGUGCCUCAACAGGCAUGGAUCAUGAACGACACGCUGCGCGCCAACAUCCUAUUUGGCAGCCCUUACGAUCCGGUGUUUUACCGAAAGACCGUCGAGGCAUGCUGCCUGUUGCCAGACUUUUCGAUGUUGCUUGGUGGCGACAUGACGGAGAUUGGCGAGCGCGGGAUCAACCUAUCGGGUGGUCAGAAGGCAAGGAUCUCGCUGGCGCGUGCUGUUUAUGCUCGUGCGGAUGUCUAUCUGUUUGAUGACCCUCUCUCGGCAGUCGAUGCACAUGUGGGAAGGACGAUCUUCGACAAGGUGAUCGGGCCCAGAGGACUACUGGCGGAUAGGGCGAGGAUCUUUGUUACACACCAGAUUCAGUAUCUGGCGCAGUCGACCACGAUUCUCAUGCUACGCGAUGGCAAGAUGGUAGAGCAGGGCAACUUUCAGGAGCUGAUGGCAAAGAAGACGGAGGUCUAUCAGCUGAUGACUGAGUUCGGCAAGGAGGACCAUAGGCGUCAUCAUGAAGGCAAAACCGCUGGUAUCCUCAUGGAAAUUGAUGGUCAGCAAGGAGCCACGACGGGCCCUUCCGCUCGCCGCGGUAGCGUGCACAGCAUUGAAAGCGUUGGAACGCUACGUCUCUCAUCUACGGACGGGGACAACCAGGGGAUCGAUGCAAGUAAGGACACUACUACAGACGACGCCCUUAAAAGCAAGAACAGCAUCAUCGUCGAAGAGGACAUGAGGCAAGGUGGCGUCAGUAAGAGCGUGUACUGGGCUUAUGCUAAGGCCUGCUCUUACAAAGGUGUGCUCAUGUACAUUUUUUCACUGGUGUGCUCGGAAUCCGCUCUGGUGGGCAUGUCGCUCUGGCUGACCCAUUGGAGUCGAAGCAACGACGGCAGCAGCAAUGGCAACCACGGCGCAAUGUAUUACAUUAGCAUCUACGCGCUCCUGGGGAUUGUCUUCUCGUUGCUGACGGUAUUUCAAUCGAUCGUGAACACAGUGUACUGUGGUAUCCGCGCGUCGCGCGUCUUACACGAGAAGAUGCUUAGGAGCAUCUUGAGAUCACCCAUAGUCUUUUUUGACACCACACCAAUGGGACGUAUUUUGAACCGUUUCAGCAAGGACCAAGCGACCAUUGACGAGAUUUUACCAAGAACCGUUGCUGGCUAUCUUCUCAAUCUGUUCCCGGUCAUCGCCAUCUUGGUUGUGAUUAUGGUAUCAACGCCGACCCUGGUUUUUGUGAUCGUGCCAUUUAGUUUUCUGUACAUGCUGCUGCAAAGAUACUAUCUAGCUACGUCUCGCGAGAUUCGCAGAUUAGACUCUGUUUCUCGAUCACCGGUCUUUGCACAUUUCCAGGAGACUCUCGGUGGAAUUAGCACUAUCCGCGCUUACCGUCAACAGGACAGGUUCAUCAAGGGUAAUGCGUACCGGCUGGAUCAGAACUUGCGCGCCUUCUAUCCCGGUAUCGCAGGAAACCGCUGGCUCGCGUUUCGUCUAGAGACCUUGAGUUCACUCAUCAUCUUUGGAACCGCUUUUCUCUCUGUGCUGUCGUUGGCCAGACAUGUCGCUGUUGAUCCUGGACUUGUGGGUCUCUCGUUGACAUAUGCGCUCAAUAUCACCCAGACCUUGACCUGGAUGGUGCGUAAUUUUACCGACGUUGAAUCCAAUAUCGUGGCUGUUGAGCGCCUUCAAGAAUACGUCGAUCUCAAGCCUGAAGCCUCAGAGAUCAAUCCCGCCAAUCGUCCACCACAGGAAUGGCCAGCUCAGGGACGCGUCGAAUUCAUCGACUACGAGACCAGAUAUCGCCCAGGGCUCGAUCUUGUCCUCCGCGGCGUCAACUGCUCGAUCAACCCUCAUGAGAAGAUCGGCAUCUGCGGCCGAACAGGAGCAGGCAAGUCCAGUUUGACCCUGUCGCUCUUCCGCAUCAUCGAGGCCGCCAAGGGACAGAUUCUUGUCGACGGCAUCGAUAUCUCGACUCUGGGCCUGUACGAUGUCCGCUCUCGGUUCUCGAUUAUCCCCCAGGACCCGGUCCUGUUUGCUGGUACUAUCCGGUUCAACCUGGAUCCCUUGGGGACAAGGCCCGACGUCGACCUGUGGCAGGCACUCGAGGACUCGUAUCUCAAGGAAUAUGUCUCGGCCAUGGAAGGAGGACUCAAUGCGAUGGUGCUUGAGGGAGGCGACAAUUUCUCGGUGGGCCAAAGGCAGCUGAUCUGCCUUGCACGGGCGCUUCUCCGCAAGACCAGCUUGUUGGUCCUGGACGAGGCAACGGCGGCGAUUGAUCUGGAGACAGAUGCGCUGGUGCAGGCGAUUAUCCGGCAAAAGUUCCGCGAGUGCACGAUCCUGACGAUCGCGCAUCGAAUCGACACAGUGAUGGAUAGCGACAGGAUCAUGGUUCUGGACCAGGGACGGGUGGCAGAGUUCGACAUGCCAGCGGCAUUGCUUGCGGACCAGAGCUCGAUCUUUUACUCUCUCGCCAAGCAGUCUGGGAACGCGUAGAAUAGCAUAGCAAUAGGGAU